AUGGUUCGUUACACAGUUACUGUGUCCACAAGGAAUGAGAGGUUUGACGGCACCAAUGCCUAUGUCUACGUCACACUGGUGGGCACCGAGGGAUUCAGCGAGAAGACUCUGCUGGACAAACCUUUCACUGAUGACUUUGAAAGAGGGGCAGUAAGUUGUGUUUUACUUUUUUUAUUUUUAUUGAUUUCACAUAUCAAUAUUCCAUCAAAAUUUUACAUAUAUUGAACAAAUUUCUAACUGUAUAGAAUUACUUAUGAUCCAAUUCAGCUCAAUCGGAGAGAAAUUGAAUUCUGAGAUGGUGAGUUUUCCGAUCGUUAUUCCGAAACGCAUCCAUGUAAACACUUAGUCCGAUCAUGACUCUCUUACCUUACCUUUGGCUUAUUUAUUGAGGCCAUUAUAGGAGGGCUCAUCAUUAACACUCCAGCAUAAGACACAACUGCAGGUGCUGUGUCUGCUCCUCCGGUAACAAAACAAGGCGCACAUCCCCUUUGAUCAAGAAAUUUUGCACAUCUAAACGUGGCGAGUGCAGGUUUGGACAUGCAAUCUGGCAAAUUAAGCAUUUUCUCUGUUGCCGCAUACAAAUUCUUAAAGGCUUACCUUCACAGUGAAAAUAAACACAUUUACAGCCUGAUACAAAGAUCAUUCGGGUAUUAAUGGCUCAUUUCUCUGUUUGCUCACACUGUUUAGCAGUUGGGUAGGAGGAUGAAUACUUUUCAUAGUCAUUAGAAUGAGCUUGGCUGACUUGACUGACAGUCUGCUUGCAAGUUGUUGGCAAGUACACUACUCACUCUGCCUCUAGGCUUGUUGUAAAGUCAGCCUCAAUUAAGUCUUAGUCAGCAAUUCCAGUUUGGCAACUGCUGUCAUUAAGUUGUAAAACUCCUCCCUAAGAUUCAACCAGUGGGAUCACUGAAACAACAUCUAUCUUGAGCUUUUGAUGUAUCAAUCCCUGAUUCAUCAGUAGAUAUUCUAUGUGCCCACGUUACAGGAGCUGUGAAAUUCAGGGUUUCAUACAUAUUAAGCACAGCUAAACUCCCAAAUUCCUAGAAAUACAAAGUCUGUCUAAAUCAUGCUGUUACUGAUCAGUUAUUAUGUUCCCAGAUGGAUGUCUUUGAGUUAAACGUUGGGAAGGACUUGGGUGAGAUUCUAUUGGUGAAGAUAGAGAAGAAGAAGUACUGGAUCAAGGAUGAAUGGUACUGCAGGUACAUUGCUGUCAAGACCCCCUCUGGAGACUACAUCGAGUUUCCCUGUUACCGAUGGCCACAAGACGACAAAGAGGUGGUGCUGAGAGAUGGAAGAGGUAGAAAUCAGACAACUAAGAAACUAUCCAUCUUUUAUUUCCAUAUUUCAGGGUCUGCACAUGCUCUGUCUGCUCCAUCCCUCACUUCUACUUGUGUUUAUUGCAGCACGUCUACCUCAGGAUGAUAAGACCGGCUUGGUGAAGCAGCAAAGACAAAAAGAGCUGAAAAUGAGGAGAGAAACUUACAGGUAAGAUCUUUAUGCGUGCAUGAUUAAAAGGUGCUGAGGAUGGUUUGUAACAACUCUACUCUGCUUUACAGGUGGAAGGAGUGGCAGCCAGGUUUCCCAAAGAGCAUCGAUGCUGAUAAAUACAGUGAUUUACCACGAGACAUCCAGUUUGACAGUGACAAGAAAGUGGAUUUUACUCUGAACUUCACUGAGGCGUAAGUGCUUUCUGACAGUAGUAGAGUUACAAGGGUGUGCACCAAGUGUGAGUGUUUUUUAGAAAAGGACAAGGGCUGUCAAAGGAAAGCUACCACAAACACUCAAUAACUAAUAAUAGCAAAUCAAAGUUAAUUGAGUCUUAUUUUAUUGUUUCUCAAACUUGGUUUUCUGGCCAUAAAAGUUGCUUUUCUCUGUUUUAUGAAAUAUCUUGAAAGAGAUGUUGUGAUGUUGGAGAGAAUAAAGGGAUUGAAAUGUAUGUGUUUGCAGAAUAGAAAACCUGUCUUUGAAUAAAUUGAUGGGCAUGUUCCAGUCCUCAUGGAGCAGCCUUGAGGACUUUAAGGAGAUCUUUAUCAGGAUCAAAACCCCACACUCAGGUAAGCUCUUUUUAUUGAUGGAUGUGAGAGUAGAUGUUUGUUCUUGUGAGAAUGGAUUUACAAUGAGAGUUGUUAUAGGUUUAUUGAACAAAUAUGUACUCAGUAUGAGUGAAAAUACAUGCAUGCAUGGAGAAUGAACUGCACAUGUUAAAAACCCUAGAGUACGUGAUGAAACACUGGGAGGAAGACUUACUGUUUGGGUACCAGUUCCUGAACGGUUGCAAUCCAAUAAUGAUCCAAAAGUGCACCAAACUUCCUGACAAGUUCCCUGUCACUCAUGGAAUGGUUUCUGCCAGUCUGGAGAGAGGGAUAACUCUGGAGCAGGAAAUUGAGGUAGCCAUGUCUUAAAGUUUUGUUGAAAAACUUUCACAACCAACCAAUAAACACCACUGACAUGUCUGAUUGUUCUCGGUUUAAACAAACUUUUGUUUGAUUUUCACACUAUCAGAAUUGAUUUGCUGUUUUCAGGCAGGUAACAUCUUCAUAGUAGACUAUGAGGUGUUAGAUGGUGUUGCUGCCAACAACACAGAUCCAAACACUCCACAGUACCUGGCUGCACCCAUCUGUCUGCUGUACAACAACACUCAGAACAAGAUCCUGCCCAUUGCCAUACAGGUACUGUGACAACUCAGUGAGGGAAGGAAAAAUGUUCCUUUUUAUUAUACACACUAUAAAUACUUUUCUCUGCUCAUUGUGUCUUUGCCAGCUUGGUCAGACUCCAGGUAGAGACAUGCCAAUCUUCUUUCCCACCGACAGUCAGCACGACUGGCUGCUGGCUAAGAUGUGGGUCCGCUCAUCUGAUUUCCAAUACCACCAGACUAUCACACACCUGCUCAGGACUCACCUGAUGUCAGAGAUGUUUGCUAUUGCCAUGUUCAGACAGCUGCCUGCUGUUCACCCUGUGUACAAGGUAAAUCCGACCCUUUUCAUAAUGCUAGUGUAAGGCUUUAUCUGUAAUGUCUCAGAGGCGCGAUAGUGACCCCAAGUCAUCCAAGAGUUGUGUUUGCAUCAAAGGCAAUUGCAGGCUUCUUACACAAGCAACUCUAAAACAGGGUGGUACCAAAGCUUCAACUACCUCAGGCUUUUAUAUCUACAUUUUAAACUUUGCUAAGAUAUUAAGCAGAUUGAUUAAACCCCAUUGCUUGAUUUCAGAUUGUACAUUAAACAUUGAGUUGAUAUGGAUGUGCAAAAGGCAAGGGAUGCAAUUACAAGAUACUCUACAUACACUCAGAUAUGCACACACAUAGCACAGGAAACUACUCUGCUGGCUCUGAUGCUACUCAUACUCCCCAUCGUGUUGCUGUUAUCAACUUAGCAACAACUUUGCCCCACUGUUACUCCUACAAUGAACAAGAAACUGCAAACAAGGCAAAACAGAAGCUUCAACAUCCUGCUGAUUUAAGUGCAUACAGAGGUGUUUAGGAGGUUAGGGGGAUAACUGUGAACUUUUGAUACAUCUUUGACUGACUAAUGUUUCCUCUCUCAGCUUCUUAUCCCACACGUUCAUUUCACCAUCGCUAUCAACAGCAAGGCCAGAGAGCAACUCAUCUGUAAGGGUGGCCUCUUUGACAAGGUGGGUGAGACAGACAAACAGAGAUAGAUAGAUAGAUAGAUAGAUAGAUAGAUAGAUAAAUAGACGAAAAAUUGUUCCAUGUUUAUUUGUUCUAAAUGGAAAUUUUUCUCAUGCAAAAUCAAAACUAAACAUUAAACAAAGUUUGCAGCACCAAUAAGUCUCCUGGCUGGCUCGCCACUUAUAUGGUAGAUUUCAUAGAUGCAAAAAGGUGCAAAAAUGAACCACCAGAAGUCAGAGUCAAGUUGUCAGCCUCUCGCGGGAAUUUCAUUGCAGUCUGCAGCAUCAACCACAUCUAACGACAAAUCAGACGGACGAACCCAGAACCAAACAAUCCCAAAUCCUUUAUACUUCUCCAAUGACGUCAGCUACGGUUUUCCCCAUAAGUGGUCAUCUGAAUUGUUAUCUUCCUGUAAGUGUACUUCACAUUGGUGUCUGAUAGCCAACAAAGUGACUUUUUCUGUCACUAAGUUUUGCUUCGCUGGCCGGCUCUGCCAAAUUUCCUGUCGAAUUUUGGCAGAGCCAUGUGUGACAAGGUCGACGUGACCUCUCAGGCCGUGGCCUGCAUCCUGUUUUUCAACACGUUGCAAAAACAGGCCAUUAAGUCUGUUUUUGCAAAUCUAUUGUUUAUAUUGUGUUAUUUUCCCCUACAGUGUCCUAAUAAGUGAUGUCUCAUGUCUUCUAUAUGUAUUAAGGCAAACUCUUCAGGUGGAGGUGGUCAGGUCGUGCUGGUCCAGAAGACCAUGGAGUCUCUGACCUUCAGGUCUCUGUGCUUCCCUGAUAUGAUCAAGUCUCGUGGUGUAGACAAGAAGGACGAGCUGCCAACGUUCUUCUACAGAGAUGAUGGCUACAUGGUGUGGGAAGCCAUUAAGAGGUAAGACACAUGAUGGUUGGAUGGAUGGAUGGAUAGUGUUUCAAUUUGAGUCUGUAUAAGGCCAUCAUGUUUCCUUUCCUGCAGCUAUGUGUCUGAUGUGGUGCACAUCUACUACUCCAGUGAUGAGACUGUGCAGGAGGAUGAAGAAAUUCAGGCUUUUGUCAACGAUGUGAGCAGCAGUGGUAUGAAAGGCUUCGACCACUGUGGUAGGAACAUUUUGCAGACAUCCUUUUUUCAUUUUACUUUCUACUUUGAUUCAACAAACCUAUGUGCUAAACGUAUGUUACUAUUCGUGGGGAGAAGCAGCUGGCUCUCCUUCAAAAUUUCAGUGGUGUAGAGCAGAAACAGAUACGACAGUGAAGAGACAGCAUUUUAAACUCAUAUCUGCUCUGUCAGAGUUGAAUGGUUUGAGGUUGACAACAAGAAGCCACAAGACUCACAGUGAUGGUGUCACUGUCUGAGCUCCACUGUUGUAAUCUCCUUCCUGCGUUUCUCCAUUACUUUUUCGAACGUUUAAUGUAGCUUAUAAAGAAAAAAAUGCCAAAGACAAAAGCUGAUUUUUUUUUUUAUUCCUUGUGCCAACAAUCUAUGGACAGAGUUUCCAAAGUCCCUGAAAACACGUGAGGAGCUGACAGAGUAUCUGGCUGUCAUUGUGUUCACUGCUUCAGCUCAACAUGCAGCUGUUAACUUUGGACAGGUGAGUCAUGGAUGGACAAUAAAUAUAUCAGGGGUCUAGUAAGGAUAAAAAGUGCGAUCUUUGUUUGUAAUCAGUGAUCAGAAAAAUGUGUGGUAGUGUGAAGCAUUUAAUUGGAAAUUAGUUCCUGAAGUUCCUCAAUAAAUGUGCUACAACUCUGUGUUCAUUGUGUAGUUUGACUGGGAUUCCUGGAUCACCAACGCUCCAUCAACCAUGAGAAGACCCCCACCAAACCAGAAGGGUGUGGUUGAUAUGAACUUCAUAAUGGAGAGCCUCCCUGAUCGUGGACGUUGUAGCUGGCACAUCGGGGCCGUCUGGGCCCUCAGCCAAUACCAGAAGAAUGAGGUAGUGACAUGCAGUGUGUAAAAACUAGACACUAAAGUUUUCUUGGAGGACAUUUUGAGUCCAUUUGUCAACAUUUAAUCCUUAACCUCAUUGUCUGGAUGGUUUCUCUCUCUGCAGUUGUACUUGGGCAUGUUUCCUGAGGAGCACUUCACAGAGGUGCCAGUGAAAAAGGCCAUGGAGAAGUUCAGGAAGCAGCUAGAAGAGAUCACCAGCUCCAUCAAGAAGAGGAACGAGGGGAAGAGGCUGCAGUACUACAACAUGUCUCCUGACAAAAUCCCAAACAGUGUCGCUGUUUAAGAUAUAAAAAUCAAGUCUUUGAAUGGGAGGGGCUUCUAAGUUUCUGGUUAUCAUUCUGUCCGAAAAACUCUCUGAUACUGAUACCUGUCUUCUGUGGCAAGGUUACAAGAG